AUGGCGCUGCACGGCACCAACGACUUUACGCCCGACAUUAUGAAGCGAUGCAUUGAGAAUGGCGCUAUCAAAUUGAAUGUGAAUAAGCUGCUGCUUGAAGUUUGGAACGUUCACCUUAAGGAGAACGUAAACAAACCUUUGACGCAGCUUAUGGAAGACGGUAUCAGCAUUCUGCAGAAGGAGACUGAGAGGUGGAUUGAUAUCUGUGGUAGCGCAGGAAAGGCAUGA